AUGCUUUCGGUUGUCCGCCUCGCGGUUUUCCCUCUUCAGCACACCCGACGGCCACGCAACCCGAAACCGCCAACCGCGGUGACAAAUGUUUCCUUGCAGGCAGAGAUUCUUAUCAAUACUACCACCCCGGUGGUGCCAAUCCCAGUCGGCGCGGAGUCGCCAGACACGUGGGCGAGACUCGAGAAGGCCGAAACUCAAAUUCACCGCCCCAGAGCUGCGGUACCUUCGGUACCUGCAGCCCUCUUUACGCCCAAGAUCCACCCCAGAGUCGCCGAGGUCACAGCGGAAGUAGACGCCUUCUUCCUCAAGCACUGGCCAUUCGAAAGCGACAAGGCAAGGAAGAAGUUCGUGGCAGCGGGGUUCUCCGCCGUCACCUGCCUCUAUUUCCCAGAAGCCUUGGACGAGAGGAUAGCAUUUGCUUGUCGGCUGCUUGCGUUGCUGUUUUUAGUUGAUGACCUCCUCGAGGACAUGUCACUCGACGAUGGAUCAGCUUACAACGAAAGGUUGAUUCUCCUCUCCAGGGGAACUACUGCACCCGACCGCAGCAUACCAGUGGAGUGGAUUACCUACGAUUUGUGGAACGAGAUGCGCGUUUGCGACAAAGCACUCGCAGACGAAAUCUUGGAGCCCGUCUUCACUUUCAUGCGGGCGCAGACCGACAAAUCUCGCCUCGACAUCAAGGAGCUUGGAGAAUACUUCAAAUAUAGAGAAAGAGAUGUUGGAAAAGCGUGA